UCCCAGCCGAGCGCGGCGCCUGCUGGGAAGCGUAGUCCACGGCUUGACGAACGGGCCGACGACUACCGGGCGGGCGGAGAGUGAUGACUCGCUUUUCCGUGGUGCUCCGCGCGGCAGCGGCCUGCAGGCCUGCCUGACGGGCGACACAGAGGGGCGACCGUCGCCAGCUCCUGCCCUGCCAUGGGCUCCCUGCUCAGCCGCCGCAUCGCCGGCGUGGAGGACAUCGACAUCCAGGCCAACUCGGCCUACCGCUACCCGCCCAAGUCCGGCAACUACUUUGCCAGCCACUUUUUCAUGGGCGGUGAGAAGUUCGACAUGCCGCAUCCCGAGGGCUACCUGUUUGGGGAGAACAUGGACCUGAACUUUCUGGGCAACCGGCCCGUUCAGUUUCCUUACGUGACCCCAGCCCCUCAUGAACCAGUAAAGACCCUUCGGAGCCUGGUGAACAUCCGCAAAGACUCCCUGCGUCUGGUCAGGUACAAAGAAGAUGUUGACAGCCCCACAGAGGAGAACGGGAAGCAGAAGGCUUUAUACAGCCUUGAAUUCACCUUUGAUGCAGAUGCCCGGGUGGCCAUCACCAUCUACUGCCAAGCAACAGAGGAGCUGAUUAGUGGCAUGGCUGUCUACAGCACAAAGAACCCUUCUCUGCAGUCAGAGACCGUGCACUACAAGCGAGGGGUGAGCCAGCAGUUCUCCCUGCCCUCCUUCAAGAUCGACUUCUCCGACUGGAAAGAUGAAGAGCUGAACUUUGAUCUGGACCGGGGUAUUUUUCCAGUGGUCAUCCAAGCCACAGUAGAUGAAGGCGAUGUUGUUGUGGAAGUGACUGGCCAUGCCCACAUCCUCCUGGCUGCCUUCGAGAAGCACGUCGAUGGCAGCUUCUCUGUAAAGCCCUUGAAACAGAAGCAGAUUGUGGAUCGGGUGAGUUAUCUGCUCCAGGAGAUCUACGGCAUCGAGAAUAAGAAUAACCAAGAGACCAAGCCCUGCGAUGAUGAAAACAGUGACAACAGCAACGAGUGUGUGGUGUGUCUCUCGGACCUGCGGGACACUCUCAUCCUGCCCUGCAGGCAUCUCUGUCUGUGCAACUCCUGUGCCGACACCCUGCGCUACCAGGCCAACAACUGUCCCAUCUGCCGUUUGCCCUUCCGUGCGCUGCUGCAGAUCCGGGCAGUGAGGAAGAAGCCGGGUGCCUUGUCACCACUCUCCUUCAGCCCUGUCUUGGCCCAGAGCCUGGAUCGGGAGGAGCAUUCGUGCUCAGACAACAUCCCCCCGGGGUACGAGCCCAUUUCCCUGCUGGAAGCCCUGAACGGUUUGCGGUCCAUCUCGCCCUCCAUCCCCUCGGCUCCCCUCUAUGAUGAGAUCAGCUACUCCGGGGUGCUGGACAGCCUCCCUCCAUCUAGUAGGCCCCUCGUGGGGCUUGACCGAGGAGGUGUGGAGAGCAGCCACCAGAAGAACAAGCGCAGCAAAUCUCCAGACAGUGCCCUGCGGUCCCCCUCCUCACCGAUCCAUGAAGAAGACGAGGAGAAAUUCUCGGAAGACCUGGCCCUGGAGCCGCCUCUUGCUGGGAUGGGGCACAUCCUGGGUGAAGACAGCUCCCCUGAGAGUCUGGCAGCUGAAGAAGCCGAGGCAGUUGCUGCCCUGCCACAAGGUAGCCAGCCUUCCUCCGGGAAGGAUCUUGUCCAGGAAAGCAGCAAAUCCUGCGAGGCCAAGGCCCUCCAGAAAAUGGAGAGUGAGCUGCCUGCUGAUGUCUACCUGCCAGCCCUUGGCCCGGACGCCUGCUCUGUUGGGAUAGAGGAGUAAGCCGGGUCUUCUGACUUCACCGGUGCCCUCCCAAACUACGGCAGCAGCAAUUCCGGGCAGCCGUUCCUCUUCCUUCAACCUCACUUCCGCGUUGAAAGUGGGCCGAACCUGUCCUAAGUACCUGGCUCAAGAAUCAAACUCCAAGCACUGAGGCCGCCCACCUGCAAGAAGCCGGCCUCCCUUUUCCUUCCCUCCCUCCUACCCUGAAGGGACACAGCUUCAGGCACAAAGCAAGAUGGACGUGUUUUUUUCCCUUCUUUAGGCCAGUCUUGGGUCAGCAAUCUGUCUCUUCUGGAUAUGUGUCUUUGUAUGGACGUGCAUGACCCCUUUGCGGCCGUGAUGGGAAAGACCCCUUCCUGGUCUGCUGCCAUGGGCCACCCUCUCCCCAGGGGGGGUCCUUCCCAAGCCUCUGCUCUCUCGCUUGGCCAUUCUUGGAACGCAGCCGGCCAUUUGGGGCCUCUGCGAGAGCAGCUGGGCUCAAGCGGCUCUCCACGUCCAGGCCUGUGAGUUAGAGGGCUGUUCUCUCCAUCUCCCUGCCACCUGCUGAUUGUAGCCACAGUUCUGGGACUUUCUCCCCCUCCAGGCUGGCCCUCAUGACUUGUGCAGGAGGCCCCUUAUUCGGCCGCCAGCCACUCCCCGCUGCCCUCCCCACCUCCCUGCAAGUCUCUUCUAGUGCCUGUCUUCUUUCCACACCUAGCGGUGUGUUCCUAUAUUUAUAGUAAUAAAACUUUUGGUGUCA